AUGGCACUUGAGACUUUGCUACUCAAGGUAAAGACAGCCAUAUCCCACAGCUUCGACGCUGUGCGGACCUCAACCCACCCGCACCCAAACAAACCCAUACGCAAAUCAAACGUCGGCGUUUUGGCCUUCGAGAUCGCCGGCCUCAUGUCCAAGCUCAUCCACCUCUGGCAGGCCCUCUCCGACAAGAACAUGAUCCGCCUCCACAACGACUCCAUCUCCCUCGAAGGUGUUCGCAAAAUUGUCUCGAACGACGACGCUUUCCUCCUCUCCCUCGCCUGCGCCGAGCUCGUCGAGAAUCUCCGCCUCCUCGCCACCGCCAUCUCCAGCCUAAGCACCAAAUGCCAGGACCCCAACCUUCGAGCCUUCCACCGCCUCUUCCUCGACUUCGCCGACUCGGGUCGCGAUCCGUACAAUUGGGUAAUCGGGUUUAAGGAAAUGGAUACUAAAAACGUCAAGAAACUCGAGAGGUACGUCACCGUGACGUCCACUCUGUACAGAGAGAUGGACGAGCUUUCUGUGCUCGAAAGCGGGCUGAGCAAAGCUUGGAAAUACAAUGAGUGCGAGACCAAUCAAUCGUCGUCUUCGAUGAGCAGCAAAGAGCAGAAGAUCGUCGAUCUCCAGCAGAAGAUCGUGUGGCAGAGGCAAGAGGUGAAGUAUUUAAAGGACAGAUCUUUGUGGAGCCGAAGCUUCGAUACGGUCACUUGGGUUCUUGCGAGGUCCAUUUUCGCUGUUCUUGCGAGGACAAAGCUUGUUUUCGGCAUAGGACAAUGCCCGCCUUCAUCUUUGCCUCGCAGUCUUUCAGCUUCCGCUACCGUCUACCCAUCUGAUCAGACGACGUGUCGUUUCGUGUCCGGGCCAUUGAAGCCCGCAAAAUCUCAUCAUCAACAAGAGAAUGUUAUUGACAAUCUCAAAGAUUUGGAAAAUAUUGGGUUUUUCGAGUCCAACUCGAAGCUCCUAAAGCCUCCACCAAGGACGAUUUGUAUUCGAUGCUACCGAGUAGUAUCCGAUCGUCGUUGA